UGAAUUUAAAUAUAGCCUGAGACUGGGAUACAGUAUUUAAGUGAUCUCUCUGGAAUGCUGGAGUUCAAAGUCAGAAGUGGUGCAGUCGGGGUCUGGAUGGUCCUCCUCUCUGUGCACUGCAGGAGGCCUCUCUCCAGUGGCUCUUCCCCCCUUGUCCCAGGGCUGUCACUGAGGCAAGAGGCCAGAGCCCGGAGAGGAAAGGGUUGAAGGUUUACCACAGCACAUGCUCCAUGGGCACAUGGGUGGAGCCUCAAAAGCUCAGCUCUCAAAUGCCCACCUGGCUUGAUCCAGAUAGAGACCCAUUUGAAAACUAUCUAAGGAUCGGAAGGCAUUAUGAAAAACCCGUGUUUCCGAAUCAUUACCAUAGUUGUAGGUCUUUAUGUUACUCAAACAAUGACAAACUCAUCAAGAAAAAGUAAUAUUUUAUUCAAUUCUAAAUGCCAGUGGAAUGGAUAUCUUCUGACAAACUGUUCUUUUACUCAAAAGCAUGAGAUACCUGUGGACAUAUCACAGACAGCAGCUACAGUGGAUGCAAGUUCCAGUUUCUUUAGGGCUCUCUUACAGUCUCACACAAAAAAAGAAGAAUGGAAUAUAAAACAUCUGGACCUCAGUAACAACCUCAUAUCAAAAAUAACCUUAAGCCCUCUUGCUCCUGUCCAUGCUUUGGAAACAUUAAACCUGAGCAACAAUGCCAUCUGCUCCAUCUCAUUGGAUCUACCCAGUCUUAAGUCCUCAUGGGUGAAACGGCACAGAGGCGGCUUCAGAAAUGGGCUUCCAUUUCUAAAGUUGCUAAUUCUUCAAAGAAAUAAACUCAGUGACAUUCCCAAGGGACUGUGGAAGCUGAAGUCAUUACAGAGUUUGGAUCUGUCAUUCAAUAAGAUAUUGCAAAUUGGUUCAUCUGAUUUUCAUAACUGCCUGCGACUGGAGAACCUCAACUUACAGAGCAACAGGAUAUUCAGAAUUCAUCCAGAAGCCUUCAAGGACCUCAGAAAAUUACAGGUUGUGGACCUCAGCAACAAUGCUCUGACCACCAUCCUUCCGAUGAUGAUCAUUGCUCUAGAAUUUCCCCAUCUGGAGGUUGACUUGGCUGAUAACCAGUGGGAGUGUGACUAUAAUGUGGCAGUCUUCCAAAAUUUCAUUUCUGAAUCCUGGAGGAAAAAGUGGAAUGAAAUUUGCAACCAGUCUAUAGGGACUGAGAAGGUAUAUUGGUGGACUCCCAAAAGGAGAAUUUCCAGGGAGACUCACCUUCCUCACACUGAAUUGAAUCCUAUGAGAAGUCUCGUGAUGAGCAAAGCCGAGAGGCCCCGGGAAGGGCAGUACACGCACUUUUCCCCACUGGGGAGGAAGGACAAUGCCAUGCAGAGACAGCUGCCAAGACGGGUCAGGAGAGACGGGGAUGAUGUGCAAACUCCUGAUAGAAAGCAAGACGCUUCCCAGGACCUUGCCCUGGCCGUCUGUCUGGCGGUUUUCAUCACAUUCUUUGUGGCUUUCUGCCUGGGGGCUUUUGCAAGGCCUUAUGUUGACAGGCUGUGGCAACAGAGAUGCCGGAAGAAAGGCCCUGGUUCCGAUACUGCGUAUUCAAACGAGGGCUUCUGCGAUGACGUGGAAGCUGCAGAGAACACGCAGCACCCAAGGGUAGGUCAGCACCAACCUUGCUGUGAUCUAAAGCUCUAUGAGAACCAAGACUCUUUCUUGGUGACAGGAGCCAGCCCACAUGCCGCCAUCAUUCCUGAUAGAACCCUGAACACGAGCAGAAAGGAGCCUGACAGUCGGCAGAGCAGGGAACAACUCGACGACAACAACGGGGCAGGAAGUAGCAAGGAUUACAUGCUUCCAAGUGACAGUGCAGCCGGGGCCCUUCUCCGCGGACAGCCAAAUGCUGAUCAGAAUGCACGAUCUUCAGCUGCACAGGACCACAUCUACAGCAAUGCUAUUCUUGGAGAAAUAAAUUAUGAAACUGUAGCCCAGGAAGAUCCUCUCAGUGAGCUGUCAGUGGGCGUCCCUGCAGUAGUGGGCAGGUCGCAAACUGUCUCUAGCUCAAUCCAUAAUGAUUCCAGUGAAUUAGACCCACCACUGUUGAGAGAAACAACGGCUUCUCUCUCACAAAUGCUAACACAUCCGAAAGCACAGAGGACUGGAGAGCAUGAGGGAAGAGGGGGCACUGAACAAUUACCCUCAGAGUUCUCUAAAGAAAUGCAAGCAAGCACUUACGUUAAUUUGCUGAGCGCACAGCAGCAAAGGCUCAAGGGGUCCAGUGCUGAGGAAGAGCUUUCCACCUACUACAGUGCAGUCACACUCAGUGACCCAGAAGAUACAGACCCAUCCCCACCCGUCUUCCCUCCAGGAUGGGGGAGGGACCUGCAUGUCACUCCUGCUAACAAGGAACCAGGGCAGGAACACCCUCCUGACACUCAGUACGAGUUGGACACCGACUACGAUUCUGAUGAGGGGUCUUUAUUUACUCUAAGUUCAAUAAGUUCAGAGGAUGCAAGAAAUAUGACUGAAGAAGAGGCACAUGGUGAGGAGAGCCGUAGAGCCAGUGAGGCCCCAGAGGACCAGGACUCAGGAAUGAGCAAGGACAAUGUUAUGUCAUUAGAGAGUCUUGACAAUGACAUCACCUUCCAGAAGGUUCUGGGGAAAUGUGAGAAUCAAGAAGAUCAUUUUGAGAAACCUCUAACUUCUGGUCCAGACUCUGGUUGGUGUGAAACUCAUCUGGAAAGUGCCUCUAACACCAAUAAAUUUGAGGAUCCAUUGACCUUGCCCGAGUCACUGGGCAAUAGUCCUUUCACUGAUGAGACCCCAGAGGAGUUCAGUCAUGAUUGGGUCACAGCUCUUCAACCUGAGGUGGGAGAGUGGCUUUACUCACUUAAAGACUUAGAAUUUUCAUAUGUGGAUAUUUUACCACAAACACCACCUCGUUCUGACGAAGUUCCCUCAGAUCCUAGUAAGAGUGCCUGUCGUGAAAGAGACUCAAACACUUGUAAGGAUGAAACUUUCAUUCAGGAAACAGACACAGCUCGAAACCAUAGUCCCUUCAAGAUCACUACUGGGGAAAACUUAAGACCUUCACAACAAGAUUUUGAAGAGGCCAACGUGAAUUCCAACCUAAUGGAAACUGAUGCAAAUGAGAGGUUUGUAUGUCCUCCCGAGGACCAUGAUUCCAGAAGAGUUAUAAGCCAAACACAAUUGUUCCAAUUCUGUGGUGAUGAAUCUGCUGUUCAGGGUGAAAGAGGAGGGGGCGAAUAUUUUGAAGAUGGUUCCAAGAGCCAGAUACCAUUAUUACCAGAGCUUGCAAAUGACGCCAGUUCACUAAGAUCACAGGAGCCCUUCAGUGAUAGAGACUGGGGUAAAUACUCACAGGAGAAUCUGUUGCAGUCAGAAAAAGAUGAUUCUAAUCUUUAUACUCAUAUGCAGACCCAGAGCAACUCGAUGGGAGUUGACGAUCUACUUGAGGACCAAUGUUACUAUGACGAAGACAAGGAUGUUCAACUUGAAAGUCAAAGGGAAUUCAAAUAACAUUUUUAGUACAGAUUGAAGCACUUAGAUGGAACUGCUGGACAGAUUUUUACAAAGUCUGCACAAAGAACAGCACAACUUUUUGGAGGUUUAUUGUGAAACUGCAAAAUUGGAAGGAUUCAGAACAAUCCUAAAUAUUUUUUAAUAAGUUAUGUUAAAAGAGGGACCAUUUUCUAGAACUAAAUGUAAAUUAAAAAUCAAUUUUCAAGAAGAGAAGUGAAGUUUUUUGUCAAAGAAAAAGGUACUCUACCAUUAUCCUUGACUAACCUUUCCUCGGUGUGACUCUCCAAUUUGGGCUCUCAUGAGCUGUGUUCUCCUGUUUAUCCUCCUGCUUCUCUAACAUUUUCUCCUUUUCCUUCCUGACACUCCUCCUCUGCUUGCCUUU